GGAGCCACGCUCGGGGGAGGCCAGCAGUGCCCCUUCGCGGCUGCCAAGGGCAGCGGCUGCUAGCUCCCGCCCCUGCCCCUCCCUCCCUGCCCCUGGUGCGCUGCAGACUGCGGAGCCCAGCGGCCACCGGGAGACCCGCGGCGCGCGGCGACAUGGCGAGCGGCCACCGCCUCCUACUGGAGAACGCGCGGCAGGUGGUGCUGGUGUGCGGCCGAGGGGAGCGCUUCCUGGCGCAGGGUGCGGAGCGCAGCCUGGCGGUGCUGGAGGGCGCCAGCCUAGUGGUGGGCACUGAUGGUUUUAUAAAAGCUAUUGGGCCUGCCGAUGCUAUCCAAAGACAAUUUUCUGAAGAAACUUUUGAAGAAAGAAUUGACUGCUCUGGGAAAUGUAUCCUACCAGGUCUGGUGGAUGCGCACACACAUCCAGUAUGGGCUGGUGAAAGAGUUCACGAGUUUGCAAUGAAGUUGGCAGGAGCUACGUACAUGGAUAUUCACCAGGCCGGAGGAGGGAUCAACUUCACCGUAGAGCGCACGCGCCAGGCCUCGGAGGAGGAGCUGUUCCGCUCCCUGCAGGAGAGGCUGCAGUGCAUGCUGAGGGCUGGCACCACGCUGGUGGAGUGCAAGAGCGGAUACGGCCUCGACCUGCAGACGGAGCUCAAGAUGCUGCGCGUGAUCGAGCGUGCCCAGCGGGAGCUGGACAUCGGCAUCUCGGCCACUUACUGCGGGGCGCACUCAGUGCCCAAAGGGAAAACUGCUACUGAAGCUGCUGAUGACAUCAUUAAUAACCACCUCCCAACACUGAAGGAACUUAGCAGAAGAGGGGAAAUCCACAUUGACAAUAUAGAUGUGUUCUGUGAGAAGGGUGUCUUUGAUCUCGAUGCCACCAGAAGGAUUCUUCAAUGUGGAAAAGAUGCAGGGUUACAGAUUAACUUCCACGGGGAUGAACUUCACCCAAUGAAGGCUGCUGAGCUUGGGGCUGAACUGGGAGCCCAGGCAAUCAGCCACCUGGAAGAAGUGAGCGAUGAAGGCAUUGUUGCCAUGGCAACAGCCAAGUGCUCUGCUGUCCUUCUGCCCACUACAGCCUAUAUGCUGAGACUGAAGCAGCCUCGAGCCAGGAAGAUGUUAGAUGAAGGGGUAAUAGUUGCUCUGGGCAGUGAUUUCAAUCCUAAUGCAUAUUGCUUCUCAAUGCCAAUGGUCAUGCACCUGGCCUGUGUAAACAUGAGGAUGUCCAUGCCUGAGGCCCUGGCCGCUGCCACCAUCAAUGCAGCUUAUGCGCUGGGAAAGUCUCACACACAUGGAUCGUUGGAAGUCGGCAAACAGGGCAAUCUCAUCAUCAUCAAUGCGUCUAGAUGGGAGCAUUUGAUAUACCAGUUUGGAGGCCAUCACGAAUUAAUAGAGUGUGUUAUAGCUAAAGGAAAAGUCGUCUAUAAAAGAUGAUAGCUCUGAAAAGAAAGAAGACUCCUUGAUUGUAUGAGCCAAUACAGUUAUAGCACAAGUUAAAAUGCUUUAGUGGUUUACCAGAAUUAUGCCACUUACACCUAAAUAUAUUUCAUUGUCUUGUUCAUCUACUCGGAAAACCCGAGGGAUUGAUUUAUUUUAAUUUAACAUGUGCACCUGGAUGUUCAAACAGGUAACCCUGUUGUGAUAUUACUCAUGACACAUUAUUUCAUUAAUGUUGGUUACAAAUAUUCUAAAGAUUAAUAUGAUGGGUUAUCAUAAAAAUGCCUUUGUGGGGAACAGCAGAGUUGUCUUGAAAUUUUCAUUUUGUGUCUGCAUUUCACAUUUCACUUUUUAAACUAUACUUAGUGAACAUUGUGGUAUGGGAGGAAAUCCAAAUGAUAGGCCCCAGUGAAGCUAAAAUAUAGCUUUCUUUAAUAAGCAAAAAAUAUUUCUUCCUUCGCAUAGAUUAUCUUUCUAGAUGCUCUUCAAAUGAAUUAGUGUCUCUUGACAAAGGGUGUCCUUUCAUCUAAUAUCUCUCAAUCCAGCAUUAAAGCUGUGUUGCAAAGUUCAACACUUGUUGAUUUACACCCAGGUUAGGGCCUUUCUAUAAUGAACGCUUUUGACCAAAUCCAAUAAUGAAAUUUUGGGGGAAAUUGUUUCUAAGUGUUUUGAUUCUUCACAUUCCAGAUGGAUAACAUUUUACAACUCUCAAUAAAUAUUUGCUGU